AUGUCUCCAACUUCUACCAAAGAAUUUAACGUCGAAGGCUUUUUAUCUAAGAAAGCAACCACAAAGAAUAUACCAUCUUUUAGGUCCGCUGGUUCGAUAAACGAACCCAAGGGUUUUAAGGCUCAUCUGCAGCCGUUGGCAUUGAGUUAUGGUGUUCCAGAUCCAGCUUUCUUCCCAAUCAGACGAAUUACUAUUGAUGUGGAUGAAUAUCCUUUCCAGGACACCUUAUUUGCUAAUGAAGAAGAGAAAGGAGGCUCCAUUGUGAUCACGAAGGAUGAAGAAGAAUUAUUGGGUCUCUCAGUGGCAUUACAAUAUGGCGAAGUAGCUGGGGCAAGUAAGUUCAAGGAAUUUUUGAAAGACUUUGUGCAGAUUGUUCAUGACCCUGGCUAUAAAAACUGGUCAGUUUUAUCUACAAACGGCUCCUCAGAGGGAUUGAAUAAAGUCAUGGAAACAAUCAUUAAUCCUGGUGAUACAGUUUUGAUGGAAGAGUUCACAUUUACUCCAAUAUGUUCGACGGUAAAGAAUGUAGGUGGCAUUCCUGUUCCCGUCAAGUUUGAUUUAGAUAAACCAAAACCAGAUAUCGAUGUUGAAUAUCUCACUGAAUUACUAGAGAAUUGGGAUGAAUUGAAACCAGAAUUCAAAGGGAGAAAGCCUAAAGCUUUUUACACCAUUCCGACUGCUCAGAACCCGGUAGGGUCUACCCAAUCGGUGGAAACUAGGCAAAAAAUUUAUGAGUUAUCUAUCAUUCAUGAUUUCUUGAUUGUUGAAGACGAUCCUUAUCAUUAUUUAACCUUGCCUCCUUUAAAAGAUCCGUCUGUUGAAAAUAUAAAGGACGAUAGUAUAACUGUAGAAGAGUACUUGAGCCACACAUUGACGCCAUCCUAUUUAAAGUUUGACACUCAUGGUAGGGUGAUUAGAGUCGAAUCCUUCUCCAAAGUUUUUGCCCCAGGUUUGAGACUAGGUUUUAUUGUUGCCCAUCAGCGUCUUAUUGCGGCGUUAGACUUAUACUCUAGCUUAAGCACAAGAGCUCCAUCUGGCGCUUCGCAGUCAAUACUUCUUAACGUUAUCGUUAAAAAGUUUGGAGGUAUUCACGGUUAUUUAGGGUGGAUUUUGAAAAUGAGAUUGGCUUAUGGUCACAGAAGGAAUGUCCUAAUUGCUACUUUAAAUAAAUCAGAAGCUAAGAAGAAAAACUACCUAACCGUUAAAAGUUGCGAAGCUGGUAUGUUUGCUUCCGUUGCAAUAAAUCUCCCUCCUGGAGUGAGUGUGGCCGAUAAAAUGGUUCUUUUAGACUACAAAUUUUUGCAGUUUGGUGUCCAGGUGGUUUUGGGAGAGAGAAUGGCGGUUGAUCCACUAUUUAGUGAAAAACAUUCUAAUUUUAUCAGGAUAACUUUCGCUUCAUUAUCUACCGACGAAGAGUUGAAGGAAGCAGGUACUAGAUUCGGUAAUGCUGUCGAAGCCUUUUUUGAAAAUGGAUUAGAAUAUUAA